AUGGCGCCCAACUUGCUUGUUGCCACCCAGACGCUCUUCACUCCCCACAAAUGGUUCACCCGCAAAUCGUCCGAGAAGUCGGUCCGCCGCAGCGAGCACUGGAAUGACCCCAUGCCCGGCACUUACGAGUACAUCCCUGGCCGCGGAUGGUAUCUCGCCAGGCCCGACGCCGCCGACGGCAGCCCUGGUGAACGCCUGGAGAAGCCCCGCCCCGUCAAGUACAGUCGCGUACUCCGCCGCUACCUGUUCGACGCCGAGUACCAGCGCCGCAAGCUCUCUGGCGAAAUUACCGACUCCCACGGCAAGGUCCGCGAGGCCGGUUUCUUCCUCCUGGACGACGGCAUCGCCUGGGUCAACUGCUGGAACCACAAGGGCGAAUUCGUCCCCGGACCCUACGAGCGCUGGGUCAUCGAUGAGCGCAACGAGAAGUUCCGCAAGAUGCUGAAGGGCGACGACCCCGAGUGGCGCAAGAAACACACCACCACCCGCAGGACGAGCGGCGACCGCCCUCGCAGGAGCGCAUCCGUCGACAGCGACGAGGACGACAAGAACCGCGUCUACCAGAUCCCCUCCGUCGGCCAUUCCCGCCCGGCUUCCACCAUUGACAUGAUGCUCAACUCGCCCCCCGCCUCACGCCCGCCUUCGCCCAAGAAUGGCAUGACGCGCUCCGAAGGUGUCAGUAGGGUCAACUCCAGGGUCAACUCCGGCGCAAACAGCUGCGCAAACAGCAUCAUCGGCGUCAAGCUCGCAUCGCGCCCCAGCAACCUGCGCGAGAACAGCAGCAGCGAGGCCGACACCCCGGUCAGCGUCGGCUCCUCCUCCACGACCAUCUCCAACAUGGCUGCCGCCUGCUCCGCCCAUCACCAUCAAAGCCUCGCCGCCGCCGUUUCGUCGCGACUGGAAGAGCAGAGCCUCGCGCAGCAGCGGGUGCACUAA